GUUAGAUCAUUACACUAUAAAAAUUUACAGCGUCUUUAUCACAUUAUUCAUAAGUGUUAGUUUAUGGGCGUCUCAACAUGCCGAGCUGUCCGAGCUGCUGUGGGAACCUCCCCCUGGGCACUGAGCUCAGUAUCAUCCGUGACUUUACUCAGAUCGGACCGUCUGAGGUUUUGUUCAUUACACACCCAGGACCUGAAAACCAAAAACAACAACUGAUGAACAACAUUGACAGUUCAUGGAGCAUCUCUGAGCAGACAAAAUGGACCAGGACGGGUUUAAUGAGGCAAAGAAGACAUUGAAAGGUGUCGUCUCUCAGACCGAAGAUGAGAAGCCGGCCAAGGCCACGGUGCUUCAAAAAGAAAUAGGCCUGGUGAGCGGCAUCUGUCUGAUCGUGGGGACCAUGAUCGGCUCCGGCAUCUUCAUUUCUCCCAAGUCUGUCCUGCUGUACUCCGGAGCCGUGGGACCCUGCCUCCUGAUCUGGGCAGCCGGUGGAGUGUUGUCCACUCUGGGGGCCCUGUGCUACGCUGAGCUCGGCACCAUGAUCACUAAGUCUGGGGGAGCGCACUCAUAUCUAAUGGAGGCCUAUGGCCCCGUCCCAGCCUACAUUUUCUCCUGGACCGUUGUAGUGGUGUUGUCGCCGUCCUCCUUAGCCAUCAUCACCCUGAGCUUUGCUAAAUACGCCUCCACGCCUUUCUACCCUGACUGCACUCCUCCAGUGGUUGUUACUAAGUGUCUGGCAGCUGCAGCUAUACUGGUGAUUGUGAGCAUCAACUGUUUGAGCGUCAGGCUGGCGAGCUACGUGCAGAACUUCUUCACCGCAGCCAAACUGCUCAUCAUCUUCGUCAUUGUCGCAGCAGGCGUCGUCCUGCUGGCACAGGGACACACAAAAAAUUUGGCCAAUGCGUUCGAUGGCCCACCGCUGUCCUUUGGAGCAAUCGGACUCGCCUUCUAUAACGGGCUUUGGGCUUAUGAUGGAUGGACUCAGCUGAAUUUCAUUACAGAGGAGCUGAAAAGCCCACACAGGAACCUUCCCCUGGCCAUCCUCAUCGGGAUCCCUUUGGUCGGUGUGUGCUACGUGCUGGUCAAUGUGGCCUACUUCACUGUCAUGACCCCCAACGAACUGCUGCUGUCUGAAGCUGUGGCCGUGACCUUCGGGGACAGAGUCCUCCACCCAGUGUCGUGGAUCGUUCCGCUCUUUGUCGUCUUCUCCACGUUUGGUGCCGCCAACGGAACCUGCUUCGGUGCUGGCAGAUUGGCCUAUGUAUCUGGCAGAGAGGGUCACAUGGUGAAGGUCUUAUCCUACAUCAGCCUGAGGCGCUUCACCCCGGCCCCUGCUGUAAUGUUCAAUGGCCUCUUGGCUCUUUGCUACGUGAUGCCAGCCGACAUAAACACCCUCAUUAACUACUUCAGCUUUGCUCAGUGGGCGUUUCAUGGAAUGACACUGCUGGGUCUCAUAGUCAUGCGUUUCACAAAGAAGGAGCUGCACAGACCACUGAAGGUGCCGAUUGUCGUCCCGGCCCUGAUGGUCCUGGUGUCUUGCUACUUGGUCCUGGCUCCCAUCAUUGAUAAGCCAGAGCUGGAGUAUCUCUACUGUGUUCUCUUCAUUUUUGGUGGACUUCUCCUUUACUACCCUUUUGUCCACCUGAAAGUUGAAUGGGCCCAAAAAAUCAUGGGACCUAUCACCAUGCAUCUCCAGCUGCUGUUGGAAGUAGUUCCUGCUGAGAAGACUGAAUGAAGACGAACCGGACUGACAGAUCUGGGAAGAGCUUUAAUGAAGUCCGACUGCAGAUGAAAAAAUUAGGACCUCAUAUCUGUCAAAGCACAUGCUGUACAGUACGUCAUGUUCAUGACCCCGUUUUCCUGUUCUACAUCCUCAUAAAAUAAAAACCAUCCUGUAGAUCUGA